AUGGCUGCGAGAUUUGCGGACGCCGGUUCUGUUGACAAUUUCAUUUCAGAACAGGAAAAUAAAGCUACCUCACAAAAAACAGAACGAGAUAUAAAACUAUUACACUUGUUUUUGCAAACCAAGAAUGAAGAAAGAAAAAUGGAAGAUAUUCCAACAGCAGAACUGAACGAGUACGUGUCUGAGUUUAUCAUUUCGGUCAGCCGAACCAAAGACGGGAAAGAAUACGAUCCAUCCUCGCUCCGAAGUCUAUUAGCAAGCUUCGAGCGACAUCUUAAAAAAAAAAAUUACCCUGCAAGCAUUAUCAACGAUAUAGCAUUUGAGAAGACAAGAAAAUCUCUUUAG